UACUACCCGUUCUCAAAAUCAACAAAACCCCCACCCCCAAGCGAAACUUCUCUUCCUCUCACCGUCGCGAAGAGAUGGAUUUCCAGGUUGUCAUUCUCGCCGGCGGCUUCUCCAGUAACCUCGUCCCCUUAGUCUCCAAGGAAGUCCCUAAGGCGCUGCUCCCCGUAGCAAACCGUCCUGUGUUAUCUUACGUUAUCGAUCUGCUCGAGAGUAGUAAUCUCAAUGAUCUCAUCGUCGUUGUUGAAGGAGAAGACGCCGCUCUGAAAGUUGGUGGAUGGAUAUCUUCUGCUUGUGUUGAUCGUUUACAUGUUGAGGUUGCUGCCGUUGCUGAGAAUGUUGGGACUGCUGGAGCUCUCAGGGCUAUUGCACACCACUUAACUGCCAAAGACAUUUUGAUUGUAAGUGGAGACAUUGUUUCUGAUAUUUCUCCCGGUGCUGUUGCUGCAACUCAUAGAAGGCAUGAUGCGGCAGUAACUGCUAUGCUUUGUGCUGAACCAGUCAGUGGACCAGCCGAAUCAGGGAGCGCUGGUGGGAUAGAUAAAACCAAGAAACCUGCUUGCUAUGAUAUCAUAGGGCUUGAUUCCUCGAAACAGUUCUUGUUAUACAUAGCCACAGGCGCUGAGAUUAAGAAAGAUACCCGAUUAAAAAAGAGCAUUCUCUGUGCGUCCGGAAAGAUGGAAAUUCGAUCAGAUCUCAUGGACUCACAUAUAUAUGCUUUUAAGAGAUCAGUCCUGCAGAAAGUUUUGGAUCAAAAACCUACUUUUCGAUGCCUGAAACAGGAUGUACUCCCAUAUCUUGUUCGUACGCAGCUGAGAUCAGAUGUCUUCUCUGAUGAAAAAGUUGUAGAAGAAAAUGGGAAUGGACAUGGAAAGAAUAAUACGCAAAACAACGAUGUGGUUUUGUCUCAAAUUCUCUCCAACGCAUCUUUGCCAACCUUUCAUCAGGUUUAUGAAUCAGACCUGGAUAGCCGAAAACCCCACAAAUGCUGUGUUUAUAUAGCGGAUGAAAGUAAGUAUUGCGUCCGCCUGAAUAGCAUUCAAGCCUUCAUGGACGUAAAUAGAGAUGUUAUUGGUGAUGCUAACCACCUAUCUGGAUACUCCUUUUCUGCUCAUCACAACAUUGUCCACCCAUCAGCUGAGCUUGGAUCGAAAACCACUGUCGGACCUCAUUGUAUGCUUGGAGAAGGCUCUCAAGUCGGUGAUAAAUGCAGUGUCAAAAGAUCUGUAAUUGGGAGACAUUGCCGCAUAGGCUCCAAUGUGAAGGUGGUUAACUCAGUUGUGAUGGACCAUGCCACAAUAGGAGACGGUUGUUCAAUACAAGGCUCAGUCAUUUGCAGCACUGCGCAGCUUCAAGAGCGUGUUGCUCUGAGAGACUGCCAGGUGGAAGCAGGGUAUGUAGUUUUUGCUGGGGGUGAGCACAAAGGAGAGACUUUCGCCAGAAAAUGAAAAGAGCGGUAGAGAGAAUUGAGAAGUCCCUCGCCAAGGUUUUGUUGAGAUUUUAGUAGUUUGAGGAUUUUUUUAUUGCUAUGUUUUGCUGAUAUGAUUUGAUCGUUUGCUGCUAUUCCAUUUGAUAUUAACGCUUUACAUAAGCUCAAACCCGAUUAAGUAAUA